UUUCCCUCUAUAUAUUUCUACCUAUAAAAGAAAAAAUGCAUUGCACUUUGUUCUAAGUAAAAUUAUUAUAUGAGUUCUAUAUAGAAGUGAAAUAACAUUGAGUUCUCUCUACAACUCUUUUCUUUUUCAUUUUGUUAUAAGGGGAAAAAAAUGAUGGAUAAAACAAGUAGCACAAGUUUACUACGUACGAAGUCGGACCAAUUGGUGGAAGCAAUUUCAGCAGCAAUGGGAGGAGGUACAAAGUCAUCGCCGAUGAACGGUGACGGGACGGUAGGAGGAGGGUCAGAGACGUUAUCUAGAAAGUCGAGCAGGCGAUUAACGGGUGCAUCGCCAGGUCGAAGCGGGAUAGGGAAGAAUAACACUCACAUUCGAAAGUCGAGGAGUGCUCAGUUGAAGUUUGACCUAGACGAAGUCACUAGUGGCGCGGCCCUGAGUCGCGCCUCUAGUGCCAGCUUAGGGUUGUCUUUCUCCUUCACGGGAUUCACCGUGCCACCUGAUGAGAUCGCUGAUAUGAAGCCCUUUAGUGAUGACGAUACUCCUGAAGAUAUUGAGACUGGCACAAGAAAGAUGAAAAUUCAAGCAGAACCUACUUUACCAAUAUAUCUCAAGUUUACUGAGGUAUGUUACAAGGUGGUUAUCAAAGGAGUAACAUCAACAAGAGAGAAGGAAAUUUUGACAGGAAUCAGUGGUUCCGUUGAUCCAGGAGAAGUUUUGGCAAUGAUGGGACCUUCCGGGAGCGGAAAGACGACGCUUCUCAGCUUGCUUGGAGGAAGGAUAAAAGAGCCAACAGGAGGAUCAAUCACUUACAAUGAACAACCGUAUUCGAAGCAUUUGAAGAGCAGGAUAGGAUUUGUGACUCAAGAUGACAUACUAUUUCCUCACUUGACAGUGAGAGAAACACUAACGUAUGCAGCUCGCCUACGACUUCCAAAGAAAUUGACGAAGGAGGAGAAACAAAAACGUGCGAUUGAUGUUAUAUACGAGCUAGGACUAGAGAGAUGCCAAGACACAAUGAUCGGUGGCUCCUUCGUUCGUGGAGUAUCAGGGGGAGAACGAAAGCGUGUCUGUAUAGGAAAUGAGAUCAUAAUCAACCCUUCCCUAUUGUUCCUCGAUGAACCUACAUCGGGUUUGGAUUCAACGACAGCUUUAAGGACCACUGAGAUAUUACACGAUAUCGCUGAGGCUGGAAAGACAGUGAUCACGACGAUCCAUCAACCGUCUAGCAGACUAUUCCACAAGUUUGAUAAGUUGAUACUUCUUGGCAAAGGGAGUUUGCUAUAUUUUGGGAAGGCAUCUGAGGCAAUGGUCUAUUUUUCCUCGAUAGGAUGUUCGCCUUUGAUAUCGAUGAAUCCAGCUGAAUUCCUGUUGGAUCUCGCGAACGGAAACUUAAACGAUGUUUCUGUUCCAUCAGAGUUGGAGGACAAAGUACAGAUAGGGAAUUCAGAUAGAGAAACAGGAAAUGGAAAGCCAUCACCAGCAGUUGUGCAAGAGUAUCUCGUGGAAGCAUACGAGACGCGAGUAGCUGAGAGUGAAAAAAAGAAACUUUUGGCUCCCAUGAUGAUUGAUGAGGAGUUGAAAUCUAAAAUCUUUACCACAAAGAGGGAAUGGGGAGCAAGCUGGUUUGAACAAUACUCCAUAUUGUUUUGGAGAGGACUUAAAGAACGACGCCACGAUUAUUUUAGCUGGUUGAGAAUCACUCAAGUUGUUGCAACUGCUGUUAUCUUGGGCAUGUUAUGGUGGCAAUCUGGUGGUGAUAGUCCUAAACAAAUGCAGGAACAGUCGGGAUUGCUGUUCUUCAUCGCGGUGUUCUGGGGCUUUUUUCCAGUUUUCACAGCAAUCUUCACAUUUCCGCAAGAAAGGGCAAUGCUGAACAAGGAAAGAUCGGCUGAUAUGUACAGAUUAAGCGCGUAUUUUUUGGCUAGAACAACCAGUGACAUCCCCUUGGAUCUUAUACUACCAGUACUCUUUAUCUUAGUAGUAUAUUUCAUGGCCGGCUUGACGCAUGAUGCUUGCGCCUUUUUCCUAACCGUGCUUACAACUUUCCUCUGCAUCGUAGCAGCUCAGGGGUUAGGACUAGCGAUAGGGGCUACACUAAUGGAUAUAAAGAAGGCAACAACUCUAGCAUCCGUCACUGUAAUGACCUUCAUGUUAGCUGGUGGAUAUUUCGUAAAGGAAGUACCGGUAUUCAUAUCAUGGUUAAGGUACUUAUCGUAUAACUAUCAAACGUACAAACUCCUACUAAAAGUUCAAUACAAGGAGAAAAAUGACUGGGUAGAUGGGAUCAAAGUAGGCAACGGUGUAAAGGAAGUAAGUACAUUGUUAGCUAUGGUGUUUGGUUAUCGACUUCUGGCAUACAUAUCUUUACGGAGAAUGAAGCUACAUUCCGGCACUUAGAGAUGAUCGAUGAAGAAUGAUAGUUAUAAAGUAGUAGUAUUGCAGCUUAAACUACUGAUUGUUGUUAUAAAGGUACCUUCUGAUUCAGCUGAUAUAAGUUGCAAGAAGCACCAGGGAAAGAAGAUUUGAUUGUAAAUUCUUAAUGUAUUAGAAACUUAGAAAGUAGAAAUGAAAUGUAUGUAAAAUGUUCAACAUACAUGUUGAGAUGAUUUGCUACUUGAGAAUUUUUGGUUCCAAGUGUAGCUUUUUCAAUGUUAUGCAACAAGUUUUUGAAUUAAAAAAUGGGACACAAGAAGGCUCAUUUUGAGAAGUG